AUGACGGCCCGUUCCACACGUCCGGAGUUGUCCAUGAGCCGAGCUGUCCUGCCGCUCCUCCUGCUGGUGUGUUCCGCGGCUCCGGCCCAGGCGGCCGAGCCUUGUGCAGAGGAGGCCAACACCGUGGCCGUGAAUGCCUGCCUCACGCGCUGGGUCGCGGCGCAGGAUGAAGCGCUUGCGCGGGCUGUGGCGCGGUUGCGCGCCGCGUGGCGCGAGCGGGAUGCCGUGAGUGGCAGCCCGCCGGUCCUGCCGGCGUUCGAUGCCGCCCAGGCGGCGUGGGAGGCCUACCGUCGUCGUGAGUGCGCGGCCCGUGCGCUGAUCUACGGCAGUGGCACCGGGGCGGCGGCAGCCAGCGGACGCUGCGAGUUGGCGUUGUCGGUGCAGCGCGAGGCCGAACUCGCGUCUCGCUGGUAG